AUGCGGCUUAUGCCGCUUUUCACUCUUUUAUCCACCACAGCCUCUGCACUACCAAGCCGCCACUCUGCGAGAGAUUUCACUUACACCACGCUGGGCUGCUUCACAGAUCUUACAGAUGGCAAGCGAGCUCUCAAUGAUAUGCAUUAUGCUACCGACGACAUGACCAUUGAGAAGUGCGCUUCAUUUUGCUCCAGUUUCGCGCUUUUCGGAGUCGAGUAUGGCCGUGAGUGCUACUGUGGUAACUCGCGCAAUCCCACUAGCACCCUGGCAGACUCGAAGGAUUGCAGCUUUUCAUGUUCCGGCGAUUCUAACAGCAAGUGCGGCGCCGGAAACCGCAUCAAUAUUUACAACAACGCAAAACCUAAAGUGCAGGCGCCUGCUACUCUAUCCGGAGCUUCGUCCCUUGGAUGCUUCGUCGAAGCUGCACACCGAGUGCUACCAAGCAAAGCCAUCAGUGGAAGCGACAUGACGGCAGCCAAAUGUGCGACCAACUGCGCUGGUUUCGACUACUUUGGUACCCAAUGGUCUUCUGAAUGCUACUGCGGCAAUACUCUCCCAACUGUCUCGGCGCCCGCAUCUGAGUGCAAUAUGGCUUGCUCCGGCAAGGGGGACGAGGUAUGUGGCGGCAACUUGCGGCUCAAUGUUUACAAAUUCGACCAAGCUUCCGUGACAGCCCCGGCCCCCGCGGCCGUUUCCGGCUUUGAGUACAAGGGCUGCUACGCCGACAAUAUUCCCCAGCGAGUCCUCAGUGGGAAGGUUACAAAGAGCGCUGCUAUGACCCUGGAGAUGUGUGCUGCUGCGUGUGGUGGCUCCGGGUAUACCUGGUUCGGCGUUGAGUUUGGCUCGGAAUGCUACUGUGGCACCCAGCUCGACGCUGCAAGCUCCCUUGCUUCCGAAAGGGAGUGCUCUAUGAAAUGCAGCGGUAGCGGCUCGCAGAACUGCGGCGGUUCCAACAGGCUCAAUGUGUACAGGACAGAUAUCAGCGGCACAGCAAGCAGCAAAGAAUCGAUUGGCGGCUUCCACUACCAGUCAUGUUGGACCGAUAAGGUAGACGACCGUUCGCUCAAGGCUGUCGACUACCGUACCGAUGAUAUGACGGUCGAAAAAUGCGCGAAGCGAUGCGAGGCUUAUGCGUACUUUGGAUUGGAGUACUCUCGGGAGUGUUUUUGCGGCAAUGACCUAAUUGGACAAGCGGCACCAGAGAAAGACUGCGAUGACAUUGUCGACUCCUCAACUUUCCCCAUCCUCGACUUCUCAAUCUUCUUCAUCGUCAGUUUCUCAAUCCUCUUCAUCGUCAGCUUCUCAAUCCUCUUCAUCGUCGACUUCUCAGCUCUCCUCAUCGUCGACUUCACAACUCUCAUCCUCGACUUCUAA